GAUGUAACCUCAAAAAGGAGAGAAAUUCAAAUUCUUUUUUUAGGUUAUAUUAUUCUUCAGUCUAUUGAUCCUUUUGUACGUUGUGCAAAAAAUUAUAAUCAUAAAAUCUAAAUUCCAUAGUUUUCUUAGAAUUUAUCAAGUGUUCAAGUAUGCUUGUAAUAAUAAUAUCUAAUCAAUAAUUCCCAGAAUAACAGAUCAGAUAUACUUACUACUGUAGUAAAGAUGAAGGAAGAGAACAGACCUGGAGAUGGAUUACGGAGUUUGAAAACAUCUACGGCAUUCCGAUUACUUAAUUUUGAACUGUACGCCACGCCAAACAAAGUUGUGAUGGCUUUUGGACUGGCUGCCAUGGGACUUUGCACAGGUUAUAUCUUCUACAUGAGGAAAAAGUAUGAAGCCCAAGGCUACUACCCAGCUGUUGCAGAAGAUGGAAAGGAAAUGUACAGGAAAAAAGUUUCCAAAUGGGAUAACUAAAAUCUAGGUAGUGUAUUAUAUAAUGUUGUGUACAUAAUCAUGUUAAAAUAUUCUUGUAAUUAGUAAUUUUCAAAUUAAUGUUAUACAAAUUGUUGAAUAAAAUAAAUUAGAUU